CGUGUACCCUCCUCUAAUGGAAAUCCAGUUCAUCUUAUGCCUCUGCUUUGCUUCCAGUCCCAGGUUAGACCUUUCCUCCGCCGCCAAAGCUCCGGCCGCCUUCUCACAAUUGGCUGCCUCCACUCCACCUUCAUCUCCAACGGCGAAGACGCCGAUCUCCCCGCCCUCAUCUCCAACCUUGUCCUCACUCACUCCUCCACCGCUGCGUCCCUUGCCGCCGCUCUCUCCUCCUCCUUCCCUUCCCCCUCCCUCUCCCCCUCCAUCAUCGACGCCGUCCUCAAACGCCUCUGGAACGACGGCCCGCGCGCUCUCAUCUUCUUCCGAGCCCUUCUCCGCCUCCCCUUCUUCUCCCCCUCUGCCUCCUCCUUCGACUACGCCAUCGACAUCGCCGCCCGGCUCCGCGACCGCGGUUCCCUCCGCUUCCUCCUCUCCGCCCGCCAGGCCGCUGGCCUCCCCCUCUCCCAUCGUACCUUCUCCGUCCUUGCCGAGCGCUUCGCCAACGCCGGCAAACCCGACCGUGCCGUCCGCCUCUUCCUAUCCCUCCAUCACCAAGGCUGCCGCCAAGACAUCCGCAUCUUCAACUCCCUCCUCGACGUCCUCUGCAAGUCCCGGCGCGUGCGCAAGGCUACCUUCCUGUUUAAUUCCUUCAAGUCCCGCUUCGGCGCCGAUGCCAUCACGUUCAACAUACUCGCCGAAGGCUGGUGCCGUCUCAAGCGCACGGCAACGGCUCUUGAUGUGCUGAAGGAGAUGGUGGAUUCCGGCCUGGAGCCGACGCUGACCACUUACAAUAUCUUGCUGAAGGGGUAUUUCCGGGCGGGGCAGCUUAAGGAGGGAUGGGAGUUCUUUCUUCAAAUGAAGAAGAGAGGUAGGAAGGAGGGAUCCGGAUGUUGGCCGGACGUUGUUUCUUAUACCACGGUAGUGCAUGGGCUCGGUGUUGCCGGCCAAACCGAGAAUGCCCGCAAGGUGUUUGAUGAAAUGAUCGUUGAAGGCUGCCUGCCUUCUGUAGCUACCUAUAAUGCUUUGAUACAGGUGUUAUGCAAGAAGGACUGCAUCCAGAAUGCACUCUCGGUGUUUGAUGAAAUGCUGAGGAGAGGUUACACACCAAAUGUGACAACAUACAAUGUGUUGAUCAGGGGGCUAUGCCAUGGCAGUGAGAUGGGCCGAGCGAUGGAGUUCAUGGAUAGGAUGCGGCAAGAGGGAUGUAGACCAAAUGUUCAGACUUAUAACGUUGUGAUUAGGCAUUGGUGUGAAGAAGGUGAGAUAGAGAAGGCUUUGGAGCUGCUUGGAAUGAUGAAAGAGGGAGGUGAUUGUUUGCCAAAUCUGGAUACAUACAAUGUAGUGAUCAGCGGCAUGUUCAUGAGGAAGCGGUCGGAGGACAUGUUGGUAGCUGGAAGGAUGGUGAUGGAGAUGGCGGAGAGCGGGCAUUUGCCGAGGAGGUUCAUGUUCAAUAAAGUGCUCAACGGUUUGCUGCUAACCGGUAAUCAAGAGUUUGCUCGGGAGCUCUUGCGGAUGCAAGAUAGAUUUGGGCGUUUGCGCCGUGAGAUGAGGCUUUGAACCUUACUUGCUUUCAAUUUUGGUAGUGAAGGCUUACUUCCAAGGAGAGACAUUCACGGCACAGAAAAGGGUAAAAUGCUUUCAGUUUUGCUGUAUAUGGAGGUAAUUGCACUUGUGCAAUAUUUGCCAUUCCAAUUAUUGCUACUUGUAUAGUUGUAUUUACAUGCAGAUAUUGCAA